CGCACUGACUUUAACACAGGGCAACUUUAGAAGCCUUUUGGUAUCUUGGCAACCGUUUACGUCAGUUCCUCGGUGGGUCCACGUUUUUAAUUGUGCGAUAUAGCGGGACUCCUGCAUUCAUAGGCUGGACUGCGCACUAGCUACGUCCUUUUCACGUUAGGACGUACAGCAUCAAAGCAAUGAAGAGUCUGCACAGUUACAAACCUGUUUUUUGCCCUCGCCCAUCUGGAGUGGUGCUGCCAGCGGCUAUCGACCACCCAGUGAUAGAAGAAGACCUACUUUCCAUACCUAUCAAUCCUAAUAACUUCCCAGCAAAACUAUGGCGAUUGGUGAAUAAUCCAGAAAUUCAGUCUAUAAACUGGAAUCCCAGUGCUGAAGGAGUAAUAAUUAUUCAUCAGAAGCUAUUUGAAAGUGAACUUUUGUCACCAGUUAAGCUUUCAGUGGAAUCAUCAGAUGUGUUCAAGACCACUAACUUCACCAGUUUCAUUCGACAGAUGAAUCUGUAUGGGUUUCGAAAGCUUCCUAUGAGUUCUGGAAGUUUUUCUCAAAGUGGCAAAUUUGGAGGAGACAUCAAAGCAGUUAAUGGUUCUGUUUGUAAAGACCUGCUUUCUAAUAUAGAUACUGACAGAUACCUUAAUACAGUGGGGGACCAGAGAAUUACAGAUGGGACAUUGCAUCAUUUCCUCCAUCCUAACUUCAAGAAAGGACACCCAGAGCUAUUAGUCAAUGUAAAGAGACUGACAGGUGUUAACAAAGCCAAACUAGAGGCAGGAAUUGAGGUAACAUGCAGGAAACCUAGCCAGAAGCGGAAGUUUCUUUCAUAUUCUACUGGUUCCUCAGAACAAGGAAGACUAGAAGACCAAGAUUCUACAAAUCAUGACCAGACCCAUCAUGCUUUCUACAUGGAGAACUUGCAUUUCAUGAAAGGUCCUGAUCCUUCUCCAAUUUCACAGCAUAUGUGGCCAAACCAUAGUAGGAUGUACAUGAGGAAAAUAGAUGGCUAUUCUCAACACCCAGACUGGGGCAUGCCUGUAUCAGUUUAUCAGGGAUUGCCACUGCAAGCCAGCUGUGCUGUGCAAACCAAUUCAAGCCAACUUCAUGAUCAGCAGAGUCCUCAAAGAAUAGGUGAUCUGGAACACAAUUUCAACUGGCACCUGACUCAUGUAAAACAGUAUCCAAGCCUCCAAGGAACAUGCCACUGCUGCUCUUCUUCAUCUGUUGGCUCAAUACCAGGAUGUGCAGACCAGCAUUCUUCUAUUUUUCCUCACUACAACUAUUACCAGUUGCCAUGUCCAGUAGGUGGUCGGAAUUCCUUCAGUCCAAACUGGCAACACACCAGCUCCUGUUCCUCUGAAGAGAGCAGGAAGAUGGAUGUUAGUUUGGAAACAGUAUUUCAAAUAGCAGAUGAGUUGCAGGUAUCUCCAAAAGCAAGCAUGGUAAAAGUAGAAAUGGAUCCACUUCAAACCCCUACUCAAGAAGGCACUGCUGCAAAAGAGCACUUAGUAUCAGAUGUUAGCAGUCAUGUUGCUGAAAGUUCACUGUCCCAGUUGGCUCCAAUAGAGCUUCACAACUUUACUCCAUUAAGUCUGGAGACCGUCCCGAUAUCUGCUACUCCUGAUUUUCAAACUGAGGGAAUAAUCACUCCAGUUUCUACUGUUGGUGCACCAGAAGCUUCAGUUCAGCAGCUGAAAACAGAACCGAGCACCAUUCAUCUAGAGUCUUGGGGAAGCUUAAAACCUUCUCAAUCUAAUGAGAUUUCCAAGCACAUUCUCCACUCUUUGCCAGAAGAAAGAUCCCUAACAGCCAUGGAAAACAAAACUUCAAUUUAUGGCACCAAUACUCAACAUAAGCAACACAUACUACAGAGUCAAUCUCUGAAUCUUGUCCUUUUAGUGGAUGUUGCCUGCAAGCAGGAGCCCAGUGGGAACAAAGAUUGUCAGGUUCCUGUCAUCCAGUCACCAGCUAUGAAUAAAAAAUAAGUGACAGACCUUUAACGCUUA